CGCGGAAAAACGGAGGAUAAGAAAACUAAAAUCAUGCCUGGUUUAGCCACUGAGCUAAGACAGCUUAUCGAAGGAGAAACUAAAUCUACAAGGAGACACAAAGUCUUAAUCAAAUGGCUGCAGAAGAAAAGACUUCUAAGAAGACGGAUGAGAUGCAAAGAAUGCAAACACAAGAUGAAAUUCGGGGAAUCAGUCUGUGUGGAUAACUAUGCAUGGAUUUGCAAACACCACAGCCACAAAGGAAGGAAACUGAAGAGGUCUGUUAGACACAAAUCUAUAUUCAGCAAAUCAAAGGUCUCCCUCUUCAACUGGAUGCGGUUUCUCUACAGAUUUGCACAAGGCCUGCGCCUACGUCAAGUGGACAUGAUAAGUGACGACAUUUCUGGGAGCUCAGCAACACUGUCCAAGAUGGCUCGAAAGCUGCGAGAUGUUUGCACCACUGCAAUGGACAGAUAUCAGCAAGCAAGAGGCCAGUACAUCGGGGGGCAGGAGCAGUUUGUCACAGUUGAUGAGAGCCACUUUAGACAUAAAAGAAAGUAUGGACGGGGACGAAUGGCUGGUGGGUGGAAGAGGAAGAAGUGGGUGUUUGGGAUGCUAGGUGUUGACCGGAGGGGGAGAAGACAUGCUAAACCUAUUCUUCGCUUGGUCGAGAGAAGAAGAAGGAGAGAUCUGGUGCCGCUUAUAGCUCACCAUGUUAAAGUGCACAUACUCAACACAUAG